GUCCCCGCAAAUGGUGGCUCUCUUGUUAGCAGUUUACAGCGUUCAACUCAAUCGCCGCCGCCACGAGGACAACAAUACAAAUAUAACCUAGCUACCUACCUAUUGUUCGUCAUUCCACAGCUCAAUUAACUUUCCAACUCUUUGGGACAAUACCACACUAGUGACGACGAGGGAAUUCUAAUUCCGCCGCCACGUUAUCUCCGAAACUUAGCUCUGCCUUCUUCUCUAAGCUUCCAACAACAAAUCGAUCCUUAGGUAUUUAUCUAGGAACCGUCAACUCAGCACACCUAACUCAACUCUUUCCACUUGGUUCCCAACACACAAAUAAUCUACUGCGAUCGCAACCGCAAUCACGGUCGCAUUAACAACGAGAUAUUUCCCCCGAAUUCCACCGAAUUAAUCAAUUGCUACGCGAUUGAAUUUCCGCCUGGUUUGCCACUUCGUGCUCACAUCGGCCCACAUUGCCCGCCUGGCAUCAGAGUCCAUGGCUGACAAACCAAUGUCGACAUCCGGUAUCAAGUUUUCUACAUUCGGCACCAGGCUCCCAACUCAUUUACUUUCAGCUUCCUUGCGCAACAUGGAUAAGAAUGCGAUGGCGCCUAUCACCUCUUCAACAGAGUCGGGAUUUAAGAAGCCCCUUGAUAUCAGCAACCUAAUGUCGCCUCCUGAGCCUCCUCGACUCGAUUCGUUUUCGCAUGGACGUGAAUCGAAAUCUAUAGGCCCAACUAUUUCCGAUGUUCGACGGCUGCAUCCCAUUUCGCCCAUCUCGCCUCCCAUCUCACCUGCCACGAAGGCCGAUGAUCAUUCUGUCAAUCCUGCGCCAUCCACAAGCACCGCCGUGCAGGACCCUAUCCUAUACCCUCCGCAGGACGUUACUCGCUCACCACAGCAACAACCAUUAUUCAGUCAAGACGACUCUAUCGACGUUCGCAGAAUUGUAGAUGAGCAUGUAAAUGUACGACCGGCGGAUCUGUUUGGAAAUGCGAGCCCACCCAAGCGAGAGGAUUACGAACUGAUCCUAUACUUCAGCUCUCGGGUAAUGACGAAGUACCAACAGGAUCCGAAGGCGUGGCUUAAGCGUGAACGUGAACUUUUACUCGCAGAUCGACGAGCCGGGGCACGCAACAAUCAGUUCAAGCUCCAGCCGAAGCCAAUCCUUCCCGCGAAGCUCCCUCAGGUUCGAAAGGAGACACAGCGUGCAAAGACUGUGAAGCCAGCAAAGGUAGUCAAAGCAACACAGUCUAACACCGCAGCUCCGCGACCAAUUCGAUCAUAUCCAACGACGAACCCGGGUCAAUCUUCCAAUCGCCCACCAAGCGCGACGCCUGAUCCUUCACCACGUCGUGCAGUUGCGCCAAACCGGGAAGAUAAAGAUUUUACCUCACUUCCCAACUUCUGCCCUCCUUUGAAUUCGCUCCCGGACCGAUCCAACAGCCUCAAGGUGGAUUGGAAAGGAACACCAAUCGAUUUAAGCAAUGACCCGCAUCGUGACCUCCUGCACCCUGAUGAGAUUACACUCGCCGCCAAUCUGCGACUCGAUUGUGCUACCUACCUGACGAGCAAGCGACGGAUGUUUAUCCGUCGUCGAGAGUGUCUUAAGAUGGGAAAGGAGUUCCGCAAGACGGAUGCACAGCAGGCCUGUAAAAUCGACGUCAACAAAGCCUCCAAGUUGUGGACAGCCUUUGACAAGGUCGGCUGGCUUGAGAAGACCUGGAUGGCCGACUUCAUGUAAUUGAUCAACGAAUUCCCCGAGCCAUGAUCCAUUGGCAUGGAUCGAAUCAUCUAGGGGUAACCUAGCCCACGUAUAGCAUUGUCGGGUCUUUCGGGCUCUAGUUUCUAAGGGUUUGUGCAUAUUGGUUUCGAUUAGGCUUCAGUUUCCCGGUUAUCGGCGGUUGCAUUACGA